AUGACGCUACAAAUGAAAAUUUGGGAUCUUCCAAGAACUGAAGAAGAAGCAGUGUCUUUUUUUCAAGAAAAAGGUAUAUUGGCAAAGAAUUCAAUAUGCGAUCAAAAUCAUCAAAUGAAAUUGUCUUUUUGUGAUGGUGUACGUUGGCGAUGUAAUUCAUGUCGUACAAAAAAAAGUAUUCGAAAAGGUACAUGGUUCGAAUCGUCAAGAUUAAGCUUUCUUUCAGCUUUACGAUUUAUUUAUGGUUGGAGCCAAGAGAUGACAUCAGUCAAAUGGUGUGAAAAACAAUUAAAUAUGAACCACAAUACAGUGGUAAAUUGGAAUAACUACAUGCGAGAAGUUUGUGUAAAAGUAUUAGCCCAACGUAACCAAAACAAAAUUGGUGGUCCAGGAAAAAUCGUAGAAAUUGAUGAGAGUUUAUUUACAAAACGUAAAAACAAUUCCGAUCAACAACAAUGGAUAUUUGGGGGUAUUUGUCGAGAAACGGACGAAUGUUUUCUAGUCGAAGUUCAAGAACGUUCAUUACCAGUUCUAUUAAAUACGAUAACAAAUCACAUCGAACAAGGAUCAAUCGUGUAUUUUGAUUCAUGGAAAAGUUAUUGUACAAAUGACAUGGAAGAUGCUAAUCUAAAGCAUUUUCAAAUGAAUCAUCGAUACAAUUUUGUUGAUUACGAUACUGGUGUAAAAAACAAUACGAAAAUUAAACAACUUUGUUGGGGAAGUGUCAAAUGGAGAAGUAAAAAACAUCGAAAAACAUUAUGCCAUCACUUGGAAACGUAUCUUGCUGAAUUUAUGUGGCGAAGAAAUUUGAAUGAUCCUUUUGAACAAAUUCUUCAGGACAUUACCGUAUUCUGGAAUAAUCAAUAA